AUGGCCUCGCCUUCGCUUUCGGAGCUGGAGCAGCGGAAUCGCUUGCCCACGCUUUUCGAGGUUCUCAGUCGGCGAACUCUCGCCCCCGUUGAUCUUUUUUCCUUCUACAUCUACAUGCGCGAUCAGCAGCGAUCGGUGGACUAUCUCGACUUUUGGCUGGACGUCUCGCAGCAUAUGUCCCUCUGCCGUCACUAUGUCCGUGAGCUUCGCCGAUCUGUCCUUGUCGCAACGCCUGAUCUGGAAAAAGCCGACAGCAAAGGCUCUUCCGCCGCCUUGGACAACAUCGAGCAUCUAAACGAUAUCCCUCUGGUCGAAGCCGGACCCUCAGGGUCGCGCCAUGCCCUGCACGAAUUAGAAGAUCGUGAUGCGAAUCAGCGACUGUCAGCGUUCCUGCGCUCCGACGGCCACACAUCAGGACACUCCCCACAGAGCAGCCUCGGGUCACAGAAUGCUGCCCGCACGGCAUCGAACGAGCAGCCGCCGCGUGAGGGCUCCGACCCUCGCAACGACUCGCCGUCGCCUGGACACACCGUGGCACGAGCGGACAUCCGCGCCAGCGCCGAGAAGAUUCUUUACACAUACCUGCUCCCCGGAGCCGAGAGAGAGAUUGUUCUCCCGGAGGAAAUGGUGUCAACGAUCAUCGACCAUAUCGAAGACCAUGGCCGAGAUGAUCCCGAAGUAUUCGACCCCGCCAAGGAUUAUGUCUUCCAAGCGAUGGAGCGUGAUGCAUUCCCCGGGUUUCUGCAGGCGAAGGCGCUGGGCAACCUUGUGCCCUUGAGCAUCAUUGCUCGGUUAGCAUUUGCUUUGAUCAGUUUUGGUGGCGGAUUUUGGGGCGCUUUCUAUGUGGUUCUCCGCGACAAGCCUCGCCAUGUACGGUGUUGGCUAAUAUUGCCCUUUGCCGUCGCGUCCUACUUUCUUGUUUCGUACCAGUACAAGCUUGACCCGGUCAUGGCAUUUCUGGGCUACAGCGAAUACACAUUUAUGACCUGGUCACCUAUUCGCGAACCAUACGUGCGGAAGCUGCUGAACAAACGCGCCACGGCAACGGCCUUGAUUGCCUUUUUUGUGGCCACCGCGCUGAGCAUCCUCUUCAUCUUCGUUCCCGGCACCAUGCUCUGA